ACGUGAUGACGUGGGCUGAAAGAUUUCCAGUGGAACUCGGAAGAGAAGCGACUGUUGUAUUCUAAAUCAAGAGAUAGAAAUGAAAUCGAAGAUCUAGACCCCUGGCUGCCAUGGAGUCUGAGGGGAAUGUGCUCCGUGUGGACUUCCCAAACUUCUCCGGAACCAUGCUGCAGAAGCUCAACCAGCAGCGGCAGAGGGGCCAGCUCUGUGACAUCAUCGUAGUCAUCCAGGGACACCAGUACCGUGCUCACCGGGCCAUCUUGGCCGCCAGUUCGCCCUACUUCUGCGACCAAGUGCUCCUUAAAAACAGUGCCCGCUGCGUUUUACCCGACGUCAUGCACCCGUGCGUGUUCGAACGUCUCCUCCUCUCUUGCUACACGGGCACCCUGCACCUACCUGCCGGCGAGGUGGUAGCUUUCCUCACGGCAGCUAGCUUCCUCCAGAUGUGGCACGUGGUGGACAAAUGCACUGAGCUCUUAGAGGUGGUAGGAAGCGGCGCUAGCACAUUAGUGCACAAGUCUUCUGGUGGGCUGAGGGACAGGCCUUUCCCUGGGGACAGUAGCUACCACAGCCCUGGGGAUGGCUCCAUGGGCCUGGAGGAUGGUGGAGGAGGAGGAGCAGUAGAGGGCUUUGCCAAAAUGGAGAUGGACCAGCUCCUGGAGAACAGCUUCUCCCCUCCCACUCUGGAGAACAACAGCACCCAGCCCAGCGGAAGCUGCUCGCCACCGGUCGACCACGAUGGCUCAGGUAGUGAGGUCGCCAGCCAGGAUGGGGACGUUGAAGAGGGUGGCGAGGGGGACUACCAGUACUCCAGACCUGCCUAUGUCCCACCCAGUAUCAUGGGCCACAGGAAAUGGGUCCACGUAAAGUCAGAAAGGCGCGCAGAUUGCAAGGGCGACGGGGCCCUCUUUAGCGUGGACCCUGCGGUCACUGACCCUGAGCAGCUGAAACUUACCCACGCCCAGGCCUCAGCCAGCAGGAGCUCCCUGGACCACGGCAUUGAUGAGAAACCGGUGGCUCAGCUGGAGGAGAGCCUGGAGGAGGAUCCUCUGGACUUCUACGGUACCUCCAUAGAGGGCUUCUCCACCGACAAGGCAGACGGGACACCGCUUGGACUGAAAGAUGACGUGCUAGAAGGGGCAACCGGAGUUGAGGAGAGUGGUGGUGGAGGAGAAGGAACCCCUGGUGGCCUCCAGGAAGAGACCUCCCACUCGGGCUUCGCCUCAGUGGUCUACAAGCUGUACCCCUGCCAGUGUGGCAAGAGCUUCACUCACAAGAGCCAGCGGGACCGGCACAUGAGCAUGCACCUGGGCUUGCGGCCGUACGGCUGCGCCGUGUGUGGCAAAAGUUUCAAGAUGAAACACCACCUGGUCGGCCACAUGAAGAUUCACACGGGUGUAAAGCCCUACGAGUGCAGCCUGUGCGCCAAGCGCUUCAUGUGGCGGGACAGCUUCAACAGACACACGUCCUCCUGCACCAGGGUCCAUCAGGCCCGGUGCGCCGUCAACGAGCAGGCCGCCCAGAUCUGCUGAUCUCAGAUGUUAUUUCCAUUCACCUCGUCUCCCCCCCCCCACCACUAUCCCAUAUCAGUUUCACUGAAUAGGCUGCUCAGAUGUGCCUGUCCCGGGAUCAGAUUAAGACAGUGCUGCUUGGAUGACCACCUUCCAAUCAGUUUAGCUGGAUUUAGAAUUAUAUAUCCGAGCAGCGGCCUGAGCCACCGACGCAUCACAUAUAACUGAUCCAAGAUCAGAAUCCUGGAAAGCUUUGUAGUCUAGUCAGAUCUGCUUGUGUGGAAUCAGAACCUUCGGUCCUGCGGUAUGUGGACUGCUAUACAGGGCAUUCUGAAAGUAUUCAGACCCCUUGACUUUUUCCUAAUUAUGUUACGCUUCAGCCUUAUUCUAAAGUGUAUUAAAUAGUUUUUUUAUGCCUCUUAUCAAUUUACACACAAGACCCCAUAAUGACAAAGCAAAAACAGGAUUUUGCUCAUUUAUUAAAAAUAAAACACGUAAAUAUCACAUUUACAUCAGUAUUCAGACCCUUUUACUCGGUACUUUGUUGAAACAUCUUUGGCAACGAUUACAGCCUUGAGUCUUCUUGGGUAUGACGCUACAAGCUUGGCACACCUGUAUUUGGGGAGUUUCUCCCAUUCUCUGCAGAUCCUCUCAAACUCUGCACAGCUAUUUUCAGGUCACUCCAAAGAUGGUCGAUCGGGUUCAAGUCCGGGCUCUGGCUGGGCCACUCAAGGACAUUCAAGAAUUUGUCCCGAAGCCACUCCUACUCUGUCUUGGCGGUGUGCUUAGGGUCUUUGUCCUGUUGGAAAGGGAACCUUCGCCCCAGUGUGGGGUCCUGAGCGCUCUGCAACAGGUUUUCAGGUAUUCAUCAAGGAUCGCUCUGUACUUUGCUCUGUUCAUCUUUCCCUCGAUCCUGAGUAGUCUCCCAGUCCCUGCCGCUGAAAAACAUAUCCACAGCGUGAUGCUGCCACCACCAUGCUUCACUGUAGGGAUGGUGCCAUGUUUUCUCCAGACGUGACGCUUGGCAUUCAGGCCAAAGAGUUCAAUCUUGGUUUCAUCAGACCAGAGAAUCUUGUUUCUCAUGGUUGAGAGUCCUAUGGGUGCCUUUUGGCAAACUCCAAGUGGGCUGUCGUGUGCCUUUUACUGAGGAGUGGCUUCCGUCUGGCCACUCUACCAUAAAGAUCUGAUUGGUGGAGUGCUGCAGAGAUGGUUGUCCUUCUGGAAGGUUCUCCCAUCUCCACAGAGGAAAUCUGGAACUCUCACAGCAUGAUCAUCGUGUUCUUGGUAACCUCUCUGAGCAAGGCCCUUCACCCCCUUGGAAGAGUCUUGGUGGUUCCAAACUUCUUCCAUUUAAGAAUGAUGGAGACCACUGUUAUUUGGGACCUUUAAUGCUGCAGAAUGUUUUUGGUACCCUUCCCCAGAUCUGUGCCUCGACAAAAUCCUGCCUCGGAGCUCUACGGCUUGGUUUUUGCUCUGACAUGCACUGUCAACUGUGGGACCUUUAUAUAGACAGGUGUGUGCCUUUCCAAAUAAUGUCCAAUCAAUAGAAUUUACCACAGGUGGACUCCGAUCAAGUUGUAGAAACAUCUCAAGGAUGAUCUUUAUGGGGGUAUUGUGUGUAGAUUUAUAAGGAUUUUUUACAUUUAUUUAAUCUAUUUUAGAAUAAGGCUGUAACGUAACAAAAGGUGGCCAAAGUCAAGGGCUCUGAAUAAUUUCCCGAAUGGACUGCAGCUACUUAACAGGAACGAUGUGGAGUGUAUGUAACUUUGGAGCAAGAAUGUGUUUGGUCACACAUCCAAUGUGGGGUCUACGUUACCUCAAUGUUCUCACAUAGACACAACCACAGCCAUUACAUUUACUGUCAUAUAUGGGCCUUUCUUUUGUUAACUAUGUGGAUGAGGAUUAUUAUCAUUUUUCUUCAGUCCCCCUCAUUUAGAAAGUGUCCCUUUCCUCAGGUGUCUGGAUGUUGGGAGAGCAGUGCUGUUCAUCAUAUCAAUUAGCCAGCGAUUCUCACAUGUCGUUUGCCAUCCAAUGACUUAUCAUAUCUAUCACUUCAAAAAUAAUUGUGUAUAAAUAUCUAAUUUAUUGAUGUUUUUUGGGGGGUGAGGGGAGUGGAUCGUGUAAAUGAGACAAUGUAUCUUGGACAUACUGGUACAGUUGUAGGAAAUGAUGGUAGGUUUACAUGAUGGUGAGUAGUGUUUGUUGAGAUGUGCCAAUGUACUGUAGUUAGGUCAAUAAAACACGAGGAUACUGAGCUAUGGAAUAGUGCUUUUGA